AUCCAGCACGAGGAGAGGACGGACAGGAGAAGACCGUUGGGAGGGACCUUGGAGGUCUUCUAGUCCAACCCCACCCCCUGCCCAAACGGUGGUUGCUUCCCCUUUGGGGCUGCGAGGCAUCCAGAGUUUGCGCUCCGAUCCCGAGGGCGCAAGAGAGCGAGGAACCCCUUUGGGCGCUCCCCUCGGGUCAAGCGGCUCCAGUGAGCCCAGCUGGCGGCGAGACUCCGCCCCGGCCUGGGCAGGUGGCCUGCCUCCCUCCCGGUGCCCAUAUAAGGCUCCCGGGCGGGAAGGCGCGGCCCUGCUUCGCUCGGGCUCCGCGCUGCGCCCUGAGCGCCGGUUGCUGCUCUGCUGCUGCUGCCGCCGCUGCUGCUCCGGCCUCCGUGGCCAUGGCGUGGCUGGGGGUGGAAGGCGAGGACGGCGGGCUAAUGGCCGGGCUGUGGCAGGCCUUGCUGGCCGCCGUGGCAGCCGCCUUCAUGACCUGGCUGUGGUUCGGAGGCGGCGGCGGAGGAGCAGACGGGGACGGGCAGCGGAAAACGGCUGAGGAGCCCAAGCGGGACACGCGGGGAGCCAAAGAACCAUUUCAGAGAACCGGUGAUGGUGUCGUUUCGGAAACAAAACCAGCAUGGAUGUCCAGCCUGCAGGAGCCACUAGAGAACCAUGUUACACCCUCAGGUGAUCAUCAGACCCCUGAUGGCUUCAUACAGCCUCCUGAAAUAGAAGCAGUGGUCAAAGAGCCUGCAAUCCCGUUCGUGAACUAUUCAGAAUAUCUAAGGAGCGAAGCACCUAACACAGCCUCCAAACUGCCCCAAAGCCGUGAAGUGGAAGACCGUGAGGAGAGAACGUCAGCCGAAGUCGACAACUCUGGUGAUAAGCCUGAGGUGAAACUCAACCAAGACCUGGGUCCAGAAACUCUGGAUCCUGAAGACGUUGAGGCCACCAGGAAACCUCACGCGGAUGACGUUGGCAACACGGACUUGGAACAAGGGAAGAGAAUUGCGGCCGUGCCUCCCAUGCCCCAGACUGUCCAUGUGGUCUUCCGCGUCCACUACAUCACUCAUUUGGAAGCCCAGCUGAUCGCCAUCACAGGCGACCACGAGUGUCUGGGCCAGUGGCGCCAUUAUAUUCCCCUCAGGUGUGACAAAGAUGGCUUCUGGUCAGACUCGGUGGUUCUGCCGUUUGAUACCAGUGUUGAGUGGAAGUUCAUCUUGGUGGAGAGCGGCAAGGUCGUGCGAUGGGAAGAGUGCCCCAACCGAACGCUAGUAACUGAACACGAAGAUCAGGUGGCCCACAAGUCCUGGGGGUAUCACUGAACACAAGGAAGUAUAUUUCUCUGUCUUUACUUACCUACCAGUGCUCCUCCUUGCUGCGUGUCUUACUAGGACUGCCUCAUAGCCAGUUUUUCUUCCGCUAGGCUAAGGUUUCAAGAUAGAAACGCAUUCUUCAAGUGAAGUCAAACCACGGACUCCCUAAUAGCAAACAGGUUAGGUGCUGUAGUAGCCCAUGUUUCAAAAUAAAACAUUUUCAGCUCUCAAGCUGACAUUGCAUUGUGUGAAGAGACAGGUGUGUGAAUCAGGGACAUUGGAUAUAUGAAAAAGUUGGACUGUUUUAAAACAUUCUUAGUUUAUGAUGACUGCAUCCGAAAGCAAUAAAGAUGGACUUUUUACAAUGA